GCUAGCCUAUGCUACCACUAGUAUUCCUUCUGCAUACGUGACAACAUGCAUCUAUCUUUAUAAGUACAUUUAAAGGAAGUGGUACAUGAAAUACACCGAUAAGAUUUGUGUUCUGUGAGGUUUUGAGUGGUAGAGAGAGAGAGAAAAUGGGAAGAGGGAGAGUAGAACUCAAGAGGAUUGAAAACAAAAUCAAUAGGCAAGUCACCUUUGCCAAGAGAAGGAAUGGUUUAUUGAAAAAAGCUUAUGAACUUUCUGUUCUUUGUGAUGCUGAGGUAGCUCUGAUCAUCUUCUCCAAUAGAGGAAAACUCUACGAAUUUUGCAGCAGCUCUAGCAUGCUUGGAACAUUGGAGAGGUAUGAAAAGUGCAACUAUGGAGCACCAGAGCCACAUGUAUCCUCAAGAGAGGCACUGGAACUAAGCAGUCAGCAGGAGUAUCUGAAGUUGAAAGCGCGUUAUGAAGCCCUACAGCGUUCACAAAGGAACCUUCUUGGUGAAGAUCUUGGUUCACUGAAUAGCAAGGAACUUGAAUCACUGGAGAGGCAACUCGAUAUGUCGCUUAAGCAAAUCAGAUCAACAAGAACACAAGCUAUGCUGGAUACUCUCACGGACCUUCAAAGAAAGGAGCAUGCACUAAAUGAAGCCAACAGAAGUUUGAAACAAAGGUUGAUGGAAGGAAAUCCCAUUAGUCUGCAGUGGAAUCAAGAUCCUCAAGAUAUUGGCUAUGGCCGUGAACCAACUCAACCUCAACCCCAUGGUUUCUUUCAUCCUUUGGAAUGUGAACCCACUUUACAAAUUGGAUACCAGACUGAUCCAAUGGCAGCAGCAGGGCCCAGUUUAAAUAAUUUCAUGUCAGGAUGGUUACCUUGAGUAAUCAAACUGGGCAAAAUCAUGAUUUGAAGUAAGCAAAUUCAGUAUUUUGUGUGUUAUUUCAUAAGAAAACAGACUUGUUUAUCAGUAUGGAUUUAUAUUUAUGUAUAAUUCCAGUUUGUAACUCAUUCUAUUUUCUAAGCAGAUUCUGUAAAUGGAACUCUUGUUUCUAUAUAUUUGAAGCCUUAUGAGUUUCUGCGUAAAA